CACCAACCGUAUUUCCGGCAAAAUGUAAACAAUAACAUGUGGAUAUAUAUGUUUUCCAUUUAUCCCUUCAAUUCUUGAAACAAAAAUUAAAGAACAGAAAUCAAAGUUUACAGAAAACAUGAAGUUUGCAUACAAGUUUUCAAAUCUUCUGGGCUCAGUUUAUCGGAAAGGAAAUUUGCUGUUCACUCCAGAUGGAAACUCUGUCCUCAGUCCAGUCGGCAACCGAGUCACAGUAUUUGACCUUAAAAAUAACAGAUCGGAAACUCUGCAAAUUGAGGGUCGUAUGAAUAUAACAUGUAUUGCUUUGUCACCUGAUGGAUGCACAUUUAUUGCUGUAUGUGAAGAUGGGGAGGCAUUGUUAUGCAGUCUGGUGAGCAGGACAGUUCUCCACACCUACCACUUCCACGCCCCAAUACAUGCUGUCAGGUUUAGCCCAGAUGGCAGGAAAUUUGCGGUGACACGGGAGAGCAAGGUGCUGGUGUUUCACGCCCCUGGGAAGUCACGGGAGUACAACCCCUUUGUGCUGUACAGGACGUUCUAUGGGCCGUAUGACGAGACAAAUUGCCUAGACUGGACAUCAGACUCAAGUGCCUUCUGUGUUGGUUCAAAGGACAUGAACACUCGUGUCUAUGGAGCUAGACGAUUCUCAAACCUUAUUGUCUACUCCAUGAGUGGCCACAAUGAUGAAAUAGCUGGUGCAUAUUUUGAAGAAAACUCACUUGAUCUGUACACAAUCAGUGCUAAUGGUCGCCUGAAUGUGUGGGAGUGUGACACAGACCUGGACGGCCUGAAGCCAUAUGAGGCUCCCGAUGAGGAACAGAAGCAGGUAGAGGUGCCGGAGGGGGAGGAGAGUGAAGAAACACCAGACAAAGUUGUUAAGAUGACUAAAGAUGAAGAAGCAAAAAUGGUUGACAAAAUUUUGUACAAACGCACUGCAAGGCACACAUACAAGGAGGCACGAGGUGAGGGCGCCGGGUUUUCCAAGAUUACAAGCACAGCGUUCCACAAGCACACCCACAUCCUAGUGACCGGCUUCCAGGACGGCGUGUUCUUCCUGCAUGAGAUGCCAGACUUCAACCUUAUACACUCACUCAGCAUAUCCGACCAGAGUAUAGCGAGUAUUGAAAUCAACAAGUCUGGUGACUGGAUUGCAUUUGGGUGUGGAGGUCUUGGCCAGCUGCUUGUGUGGGAGUGGCAGAGUGAGACGUACGUGCUCAAACAGCAGGGUCACUACAACAACAUGAACUGUGUUGUCUACUCCCCUGACGGUCAGCACCUCGCCACUGGGGGUGAUGAUGGAAAGGUGAAGGUGUGGAACACAAGUAGUGGAUUUUGUUUUGUGACAUUCACCGAGCACUUGGCAGCCAUUACAGGGGUCAUAUUCAACCAGAAAGGUCAAGUUGUCCUCUCAUCAUCCCUUGACGGGACUGUGAGGGCCUUCGACCUCAACAGGUAUCGGAAUUUCCGCACAUUUACAUCUCCCCGUCCUUGCCAGUUUUCCUGCUUGACUAUUGACCCGAGUGGGGACAUUGUGUGUGCAGGCGCCCUUGACUCCUUCGAAAUAUUUGUGUGGUCCAUGCAGACUGGCAGAUUGCUGGAGGUGUUGGCUGGCCAUGAGGGCCCAGUAAGCAGCCUUAGUUUCAGCCCGUCACAGGAGCUGCUGGCCUCUGGCUCCUGGGACAAGACAGUGAAACUCUGGGACGUCUUCGAGAACAAGGGAGCCCGGGAGACACUCAACAUCAUGUCUGAUGUGCUGAGUGUGACAUUCCGUCCUGAUGGCGGGGAGCUGGCAGUGUCCAGCCUGAAUGCCCAGAUCUCCUUCUGGGACCCCCAGCUCGCCAAACAGGUUGGCUCCAUUGAGGGCAGGCACGACAUUGGAUACUCCAGGAAGGAACAGGAAAAAAUCACAGCAAAAAAGUCUGCCUUUGGCAAGGCGUUUAACACAGUGUGCUACUCGGCGGAUGGUCAAUGUGUGUUGGCUGCCGGCAGGUCCAAAAAUGUAUGCAUCUAUUCUGUUGCAAAUCAGAUGCUGAUCAAGAAGUUCGAAAUCUCAUGCAACAUGUCCUUUGAUGGAAUGGAGGAGUUCCUGGACCGGCGUAAGAUGACAGAGUUUGGGAGCCUGGCCCUAGUCGAUACUGAAGAAGGGAAGGAUGUCAGUCUCCCAGGGGUAAAGAAGGGUGACAUGUCAUCUCGCCACUGGAAACCAGAGGUGCGAGUUUCCUGUGUCCAGUUUUCACCCACAGGCCGAGCCUGGGCAGCUACCACAACAGAAGGGUUGCUAAUCUACUCCUUGGACAGCACCCUGGUGUUUGACCCUUUUGACCUGGAGAUGGACAUUACUCCCUCCAAUGUGAAGAGCACUCUGGCAAAGGGAGAGUACUCUACAGCUCUUAUGCUCAGCUUUCGUCUGAAUGAGCAGAGCCUUAUUCAAGAGGUCAUGGAAAAUAUCCCUAUUCCGGAUGUGGAAGUGAUCAUAAACAACCUCCCAGACAUCUAUGUGGACAAAUUGAUGGCAUAUGUUGCCACAGCGAUUGAGUCUACAGCCCACAUUGAGUUUUACCUUAUCUGGGCACGCCAGCUGCUCAUGCAGCAUGGACCCAGGUUGAAACAACGCUCUCAGUCCAUUAUGGCCGCUCUCCGCCUACUGCAGAAAAACGUCACCAGGAAGGCUGAGGAUCUUGGAAAAUUAUGUGACCACAACAAGUACAGCCUGCAGUACCUGCUGUCGCUGGGUAGAUGUAAGAGAAAGUUUGUCACCCAGGUGGGCUCAGACUCCGGGCUUGACCAAGAGGAGGAGGAAGGGAGCUCAUCUGAGGCAGAACUGGCCAUGGAGUCAUUGUCAGACUCCGACAGUGACCUCCUCAUGGACAACACUUGAAUUAAACUAUUCUUACUAUCUUUCGUAGUGUGCAUUAAAAAAUUAUAGUAACA